GUUGCGUACGAUUCAGUAAGUGACCGACUAGCUUACCGAUAACAUCGAGCCUCUUCCGAAGCCUUUGCCACCGAGAGAACCGAAACAUGUCCACCGCCGCGGUCAAGUGUUCGAUUCCAGAGUACCUGAAUGAGGACCUCAUUAGGAACACCCUCAUCAAGGAGUUUCAUAGUAACGAUAUCGUGGUGGAAGAAUUCGACGUUUCUCCGGCCACAUCGGCUGGCGAUAACUAUAUGAGCGAUGUCUUUCGAAUACCCGUUAAAUUUCGGCUUUCGCCAACGGAGAAGAAGAUUGAGCACAUUUCCUUCGUGGUCAAGUGUCUUCCAGAUACUGGUAACCGGGGCUCGGUCAUCGACGAGUUGAAUGCCUUUCACAAGGAGGCUCAGAUGUUCACCGAAGUAUUACCCAAAUUGUCGAAAAUCGCUGGUGAUGAGUUUUUCGCGGCCAAAUGUUUCGACGCAACGGCCGCACCCAAUCGCAUGUUGAUCUUUCACGACCUCAAAUCUCUGGGCUACACAAUGGCCAAUCGGCAAGCGGGGCUCGACUUUGACCAUUGCGCGGCCAUUAUGACGAAAAUAGGGAAACUCCACGCUGCCUCAAUGGCGUUUUCGCGGGAAAACAAGGAUCUGAUGAACAAAUAUUUCAACUUUAACAUGUUCAACCCGAAUGAAGAUUUGCGAACCGAAUGUAUCAAUGUCGUGUUCGAGAAAGGCCUGGGAACUCUUAUUUCUAUCAUCGAGGAAAAUUGGCACGAUUUUGAUCCUGUUAUAUUGGCCAAAAUGAAAGAGCUUCAACCCGUUUACGUUAAAAAGCUAGAGGCAUGCUUAACCCAGAAGUUCGAAGAUGGCUUUAAGGUGCUGAAUCAUGGAGAUCUGUGGUGCAACAAUAUGCUGUUCAAGUACGAGCCAAAGUCGCAAAAAUUGGAAGACGUUGUCUUUGUCGACUACCAACUAAGUUACUAUUCAAGUCCGGGAGUUGAUAUUAACUAUGCUCUGUCCAACUGCCCCAACUUGGAAACACGUGACCGCGUGAAUGAUCUGAUUGAUAUCUACUACAAGUCGUUAAGCGAAACGCUGAAGUCGAUCAACUAUCCAUGGAUUCCAACUAUGGCCGACGUUCAACAUGAAAUUCGACGAAUGGAGUUCUUUUCCUUGGUGUCGGUGGUGUCCAUUUUACCGAUUACGAUGAUGGAAAAGACGGACACAAUGGAAGUCAACUUCGAAAAUAUGAUCGAUGAGAAGCAAGCGGAACAAGCAAGGAAGAUACAGUACAAUGGAAAACAAUAUCAGGCAAUUGUAAAGCCAUUGCUGAAACAUUUUCACGAAAAGCAUCUGCUGGAUGUCUAAUGCAGAGGAAAGUUCUGUGAAUUUUCAUUUAAUGGCAAAAUUUAAGGUUAAACAACUUGGAAUCCAACUCAAAUGUUUUAUCAUAACAUUAAAGCACAAAUCUGACAAAGGAAGAAGCAUACAACAGUGCAAUUUUAUCUUAGUCUUAAGUAUGCCAUAACAGAAAGCUGAGAAUCAUUUGAGUGUGUUAGAAUACUGUUUCAACAGAUGUGUGCAUUCAAUAGUACGAAAGGCGCUUACGGCUAUCUUUGAAUUCCAAGAUGUUUCAUCUUUAAACGUUAGGUUUCGAAAUAAAAAAGAUCUGAUUCAACCA